GAUAAUAAAAUCUCCCACAAAAUCUGCUCCGAUAUUUUCUUCGCAGAGAAGAACACAACAAUGGCGUCGAUCUCAUGCACAGCUCCUUUCGCGAGCUCACUCUUAUCCCACAAAUCUAUCAUCAACAACAACAACGCUUGUUCUUCUCUGAAGCUCUCUUCUGGGUUCCUGGGGAUCCGAGGUCCUUCGACCAGGAUCCGACCCGCUCGACUCGGACCCUCGAGCGGGUCGAGAGCCACUUGCUGGUUCAAGUUUGGAAAGAACGGUGUUGACGCUGAAAAUGCCGGAAUCUAUGGAAGUCAGUCUCGGGACGACUUUGACAGAGACGACGUUGAGCAGUACUUUAACUACAUGGGGAUGUUAGCUGUGGAAGGUUCAUACGACAAGAUGGAGGCUCUUCUUAACCAAAACAUUCACCCGGUCGAUAUCUUGUUGCUGUUAGCCGCCACGGAAGGGGACAAGCCAAAGAUUGAGGAGCUUCUUAGAGCAGGUGCUGACUUCUCGGUCAAGGAUGCAGAUGGAAGAACCGCCAUAGAGAGAGCCAACAGUGAGGAGAUCCGUGACUUCAUCCUCGGAUUCUCUGCUAAGAAGGCAUGAUGACCUGGUUUUGAUGUUGUUCUUUCCAGUGCCAUUGAUAGAGUUAGCUCACAAGCGACAUGCCCACUAGAACAAGCUGUCUUUUCCGGUCCCACGGAUGAGUAAAUUAUAAAACCCAUCUUCCUCUUUCGUGUUUUUGCUGCUAGUUUCUGGUUUCUUUAAUGGAGGUUCCAUGGCAUUGCCUGUUACA